GCGUGCCACUCUUCUCUUCUCUUCCUUCCUGCGUUAUCUUUUCUGCAAUCUGCAGUUUCGUGAAUUGAUUCGUCAUCCAUGAUUAGCGAUUGACAAGGAAGAAGGAGAUCAUCGACAUGUCUCAACUCCGGAAACUCGAUCCGUACCCGUCGCCCCCUCUCCAUUUUCGAUGCUAAUUUCCUCCAACAUCUUCUUUCUCUGCAAAUCUAUGGCGAUCGCUACUUCACCCUCGUGCUUCAUUUAUCCUCCUUUCUCUUCCUCUUCCUCUCCCUCUCUCUCACCAACGAAACUCUCCUGCUUCUCAUCUUCCACUGCUUUUCCCGCCAUUAACGUUUCUAGGCGGCGACCAAUAUCACUCGCACUACCAGUGAAUUCCUCGGUUUUUGCUGAGGCCGAUGUCGGGGAGGAUUUUCCAGAAAAUUAUGCGGACUGGAUUCCGAAGCCGAAUUCUAACGAGCGCAGGAGAGCCGGCGUUCUCCUUCACCCAACUUCGUUUUCUGGUCCCUACGGCAUCGGGGACUUGGGAGAUCAAGCUUUUCGCUUUCUCGAUUGGCUGCACGAAGCUGGCAUCUGUCUUUGGCAGGUUCUUCCUCUAGUUCCUCCAGGGAGGAAGGCUAAUGAAGAUGGGUCUCCUUAUUCAGGGCAGGAUGCAAACUGUGGUAACACUCUUCUAAUUUCUCUCGAAGAGCUUGUAAAAGAUGGUUUAUUGACGAAGGAAGAGCUUCCAGUGCCAUUGACCAGAAAUGUGGACCGAGUGAAAUUUUCAGAUGUAGCUGAGAUGAAAGAUCCUCUAAUAUCAAAGGCUGCAGAGAGGCUGAUAAAAAAUGAAGGGGAACUUAAACAGCAGUUCGAAGACUUCCGUAAAGACCCUAAUAUUGCAAGUUGGCUUGAAGAUGCUGCUCUCUUUGCUGCUAUAGAUGAGACUUUGAACACAUUCAAUUGGUAUGAUUGGCCUGAACCAUUGAAAAAUCGUCAUCUUGUAGCCCUUGAAAACAUUUAUCGAGACAAAAAGGAUUUUAUAGAGAUAUUCAUUGCACAACAGUUUUUAUUCCAAAGGCAAUGGCAAAAAGUCCGUGAAUAUGCACGGAUGAAGGGUAUCAGUAUAAUGGGAGACAUGCCCAUUUAUGUUGGCUAUCAUAGUGCUGAUGUUUGGGCUAACAAGAAACACUUUCUACUUAAUAGGAAGAGCUAUCCUCUUCUUGUUAGUGGUGUUCCUCCUGAUGCUUUUAGUGAAACUGGUCAGCUUUGGGGCAGCCCAUUAUAUGAUUGGAAAUCCAUGGAGACCGAUGGUUUCUCUUGGUGGGUACGACGAAUGCGACGAGCAAUGAAUCUCUUUGAUGAAUUUAGGAUAGACCAUUUCAGAGGGUUUGCAGGUUUUUGGGCUGUUCCUUCUGAAGCAGAUGUUGCAUUACUGGGACGUUGGAAGGUGGGGCCAGGAAAAUCAUUGUUUGAUGGCAUCUUUAGAGCAGUUGGGAAAAUAAAUAUAACAGCAGAGGAUUUGGGAGUUAUUACAGAGGAUGUGAUUCAGCUUCGGAAAUCCAUUGGCGCACCAGGAAUGGCUGUCCUUCAGUUUGGAUUUGGAAGUGAUGCAUAUAAUCCUCAUUUGCCUCAUAAUCAUGAAGCCAAUCAAGUUGUCUACACAGGAACUCAUGAUAAUGACACGACUCGAGGCUGGUGGGAGGUUAUUCCUGAAGCAGAGAAAUCUAAUGUAAUGCAAUAUCUUUCGAUCAUGGUUGAAGAUGACAUUUCGUGGGCUAUGAUUCAGGCGGCUUUCUCUUCUGUGGCCCAAACUGCUAUCAUACCUAUGCAAGAUAUUCUUGGCCUUGAUAGCUCUGGUAGAAUGAACAUCCCUGCCACUCAGUUUGGGAAUUGGAACUGGAGGAUGCCGAGUUCUAUGAGAUUCGAUAACUUACACGACGAAGCAAAGAAACUAAGAGAUUUGCUUUCCUUGUAUGGAAGAAUCCCAAAUUAGCAGUUCCUAUUCUCUCGCGUCAAUGAGCUGGCUCAGUUAAAUUCAGCAACACAAUGGUUAGGUCUGUACUUUAUUCGAUUUGAUUUAUAUAUUAUAUUAUAUGUUCAUGUAGUGUAGUUAAGCCUAUGCAGAAGCUCAUGAAUAAUGAUAAUAGCCCUUUUUUUAGUCUUUGCAAAUAGAGUAAAGAUCUCAAUGGUAUGACAUAUUGACUUACAUAGUUACAUACAUAUAUAUCCACAUAAUAAGCCAGUCCAAUAUUACUUUA